AUGUCUUGGUCAUUAAAAACAUUAAAAAAUGUUAACUUCCUGUUGCAACCAUGCAUAAAGUCUAUUACCGCCCAGACUUCAAAAAGAUAUUUAAAUAGUUUGGCUAACCCUAUUACAAGGUUUUAUGCCACGGAAGUACAAAAAUUUAAACGAGGAAAACCCCACGUUAAUAUCGGUACGAUUGGACAUGUGGAUCAUGGAAAAACAACCUUAACUGCUGCUAUUACUAAAUGUUUGGAAGUCAAGGGACAAGCAAAAUUUAAAGCUUAUAGUGAAAUUGAUAGAGCACCUGAAGAGAGAGCGAGAGGUAUCACGAUUGCUACUGCUCACGUUGAAUAUGAAACCACAAAUAGACAUUAUGCACACGUUGAUUCCAUUAUUGUUGUUUCGGCAACCGAUGGACAAAUGCCUCAAACGCGUGAACAUCUACUUUUAGCUCGACAAGUUGGAGUAAAAAAUUUGGUGGUUUUUGUUAAUAAAAUUGAUGCAAUUGAUGAUCAAGAAAUGUUAGAAUUAGUUGAAAUGGAGAUGCGUGAUUUAUUAUCACAUUAUGGAUUUGACGGAGAAAAUACUCCUAUAAUUAUGGGUUCAGCAUUGGCCGCUUUAGAAGGUCGUGAUCCAGAUAUGGGAGAAAAAGCUGUAGAAAAAUUAAUGGAUGCAGUUGAUAGUUAUAUUCCAACACCUAAAAGAGAUUUAGAUAAACCUUUUUUGAUGUCUGUUGAAGAUGUAUUUUCAAUUUCUGGUCGUGGAACUGUUGCUACAGGUAGAGUGGAAAGAGGUACUAUUACUAAAGGAGCAGAAAUAGAAAUUGUUGGUAUGGGACCUCCCAUUAGAACGACAUUAACGGGAAUAGAAAUGUUUCAUAAAGAACUUGAUAAAGGAAUGGCUGGUGAUAAUAUGGGAGCAUUAUUACGUGGAAUUAAACGUGAACAAAUUCGAAGAGGGCAAGUACUUGCAGCACCUGGCACAGUUAAAUCUCACAAAAAAUUUUCCGCUCAAAUUUAUGUUUUAUCUAAAGAAGAAGGAGGAAGGCAUACACCAUUUAUGCAAAAUUAUCGACCCCAAAUGUAUUUUCGAACUUCGGAUGUAACAGUUACUUUAACCCAUCCCGCAAAUACUGAAAAUCCUGAUGAAAAGUUUGUUAUGCCAGGUGAUAAUACUACAAUGGAAUGUGAACUUAUUAAAGAUAUGGCAGUUGAACCUGGAAUGAGAUUUACUAUACGAGAAGGAGGAAAAACGGUGGGAACUG